UGGGGCCACAGCAGCAGAUGAUCUGUCACCUUUGGUCUUUAGCCUGGUGCGCUGCAACACCAUAGGGUUUGAAACCCGUAAUGAGCUUUUAAACUGCUUUAAUAUAAUUUAUCAUUGAAAACUGGCUCCAAACAUUUUUAAAAGCCACAUAUUUGUGUUUGAGUAUUUAUCUUUUCUUACCUACAUUAUGUUAAGUUUUUCACCUAUUGCGUUUAACUUGAAUCUGCUGCCAUGACCGAUUAAAAAAUCCUCCAUCUUUCUUCAGAAAGCAGUUUGUUUCGUGCUUGGACAUGAAUUAUAUUUUCUCUCUCGAUGAGACGAAGGUCAGCAAGUCUCAUCAACAACAUGUCCUGCCCUGCAGGGGAGGUGGGAGGGUGCAGAAGGUUUCCUUCAGAGUUGAAGCUGUACAGAACAACUGACAGGAGAAAGUCUGACAACGCAGGUGCUCCCUCGUUGCAGACAGCGAAGCAUGCAUUCUGCCGUUAUGUUUCUGCUGUUCUGGAGCCAGUUUGGUGCCAUGCUGCAGCUCUGGGGCGGACUGAUCCAGCCUCACAGCUCCAUGGUAACAGCAAACCCAGCUGUUGCAGUCCCGCGCCGUGCACCUUGCAUCUUGGACGACACCGUUGCAAUGCUGCGUGAAGCAGUGGGAGAGGAUGGAGAACUCACAAACAGCAGUUUAGUUCUGUUUGGGCUCUGCGGGACAUCCAGCUCGUCUCUCCUAUCGGAACUUGUAGAAGAAACGAGAAGCAACAAGAGAGAAAUUCUGAAGGUUCUGAACCCAGCUGCAGUUCUUGUGUCAGAAGAAGAGGAUCAAGAAGGCAUAAUGUUGAACUUUGACCUUCCGCAGUCAUUUUUCCUGAAUCCGUUGCUGAUCUUAGCCUUUGAAACCCCUUUAACAGUUGGAAACCUGGAAGUCACAUUCAGUAGCCGGUCUCUGCAGCCCAACACACAGUCUGUGUGCAUUUCAGAAGGAACACAAUACAUCCUACUAACAGGGACACCACCAGAGGGCAGUGUGGAGCAGAAAUGGAGGAUUUCUGCUCAGACAAAAUCACCUGACAUGAAACAAACCCUAAAAGACCUCCUUACUGGUGGAAACUCGGGGAAUAACGUCCUUGUGACUCCACUUCUGCCUCUCACAUCAGAACAAGGAACAGAUGCUAGGCAGUCACGUGGUUCAGGUCAGUCUUCUCAGACCUCCUUCCUGUGUGAGCUGAGGCGUUUCCUGGCUGAUGUCCUGCCCCAGGGCCACGCUGAGGCCCUGCUCUUUAAACUGGACUCCUUACAGUCUCUGCCGCCCCUGACUCUCGGCCCGACUUCCAGCGAGACCCUGUUGGCAGGGAUCAUCAACUCUUCUGCUCCCACCAUCAUCUCCUUCAACAGCUGGAGCUCCAACUUUCCCGUUCACCAGCAGCAGCUGGCUCUGUCCCCGGCUCUGCUGGAGGAGCUGAGGCAGAAGUUGGAAAAUAGGGAGAUGGAAAUAAUGGAGUUGAUGACGCAGGAAAAAGUCCCUAGGAGAACUGCCGAGAAGCUGGAAAGGCUCAAAGAUCUCAGUGGUUUCCAGAGGAAGGAACCUGCAGCAGAUGGCGGGAGUCAGUACCACGCCUUUCUUCUGCUGAAGGCCCUGCAGACGGUGACCCAUGCCUACAACAUGCAGAAGAGGCUGCGGGCCACCAGAGCAGGCUCCAGCGGGUCCCAGGGGGGGCCAAACUGUGGGCUGCAGAGUCUCAUAGUGUCUUUUGAGAGGCAUCUUCUGAGCCCACAAAGGGCCAACAUAAACAACUGCCAAGGCCUGUGUUCAUUCCCUCUGCAGUCCAACGUCGUCAACCACGCCGUUCUGCUUUUGCAACACACCCAGAGCAACGGCGCGGGCGUGCGGGAGCCAUGUUGUGUGCCCGUGGCCUACGACUCCCUGGAGGUCUUGGGCUGGGACAAUGUUGGCAGCAUUUUCUCCAUUAAACCCGACAUCAUCGCCAAAGAGUGUGGAUGUCGCUAACGCCGACUCCCUUCUGCAGAAUAUUCACUUUAUUUACUUGUGUGGUUUUAAACCUCCAUAAUUGUCACAUUUCUACUUUAAUGUCAGUAAUCUGUAGCAUGCAGUAUUCAUACAUUUUCUUACUGGGACAUCUUAGAAAGAUCGUUUUAGACUUUAUUUUCACAGAAAUGAUGCAACAUACUCUCUUUAAAUGAUAGCUUCAGUCCUUCAUUGAUUAUUACAAGAUCAAUAAAAGAAUUUUAAAACCA